CCUAGGCUACACAGCACGUAUCCGCAUUGUCACAAGCACUGAUAUUGGCCACCGAAGAGGAUCUACGUAACCAUGAACUGAUAAAUUUACUUAAAAUCUCACUUUGUUGAUAAGAAAAACAUGAUCUCAUUACAACACGGAAACCAUCCGGGCAAUCAAUGAUAUAAAAAUAUGGCUCAUCAAGAAAGAAGACAGCACUUUCUUUUUGACCACCUGAAGCGCAAAAGCUCACAAUGAAAGUCUUCACAGUGUUCCUGACAUUGGCCAUUGUUGGAAUAUCGGCCGCUCCUGAAAACUAUUUCGUAUCCCAACAAAACUGGCACCAUCAAAAACCUGAACGGACCCAGGAGUUGAGCCCCGAUGGCUACAAAAUUGUUCCGGGAACCAUCGAUGUACGCUGCCCAAGGACAGACGAUAUCAACAAUCCUAUCCAUCUGCCAAUCCAAGGCGAUUGCAGCAAGUUUAUGAAGUGCUUCGGUGGUCGUGCCUUCGAGCAAGAAUGCCCUGGUGGUUUGGAAUUCGGAGUCGCCGUGAACCGCUGCGAUUAUCCCGAUUUGGCUAAAUGCAGUCGCAACUGAUGGCCCAACGAAACUAUGAUGAUGAUAUGGUAUUUUAUUAGUUGAUAGAAAGUUUUCUGAACGUAUUCGGUGAUGUGUAUAGUCAAAUCUCAAUAAAGAGCAUGUGAGGCAUUCAAGACAGCUUUAGUCCAA